UGGUCGACACAAGCGUUCCUGAUGCGAUAAGAAAGUUGUUCAUGACAUCAUCAUUUUGUCCUUUACAGGCAUAGAGUAGUUCAAUGCCGACAAUUGGAGUUUACAACUUUGACAUCUCUUGGUAUGAGAUCCAAGGACAUCGGGAAAAUUCAUUGGGGGUUCAUGAAAGCACUUGGCUUACAUAAAUUCCUUGGAUGGCCAAAAGAUAUAGAGUCUCAAGGACGUGAAAGAGUACAUCCUUUGGCUUACUACAGCCUCAGAGAAAAACUUAGAGAACUCAUGAAAGAAAGUGAGCGGGCCAGAUGUGUAGUGACAGGGCACAGCUUGGGUGGGGCUUUGGCCAUCUUAUUUCCUUCUAUAUUGGCGUUCCACGAAGAAAAACUAUUGCUAGAAAAAUUAGAUCAUAGAGUGUACACAUUUGGACAACACCUAGGGUUGGAGAUGCAAAAUUUGGAGAAUUCAUGGUGUGAUCACUCUCACAAUACAACAUUCAUUACAGUAGAUUCGUUUAUGGUUUUGACAUGGUCCCUCGACUGCCCCUUGAUGACAAGGCGUUGAUGUUCAAACACUUUGGAUUCUUUGUUUAUUUCGACUGGGAUUAUGUUGCACAGAUUCAGGAAGAAGAGCCAUUCGAGAACUAUCGCUCAAUAGUGGGAGCUGUGUUGAUGAGAAUUCAUGCGAGUUUGGAGAUCGGAAGAAGCUUCACAAUAUCGUGGAGAAGAGGAAAGGAGUAUGAGGAAAAAGUGUUUUUGGGAAUUGUGAGGUUGUUUGGAUCGUUGUUGCCUGGAAUUCCUGCUUACUGUCCUCAAGAUUAUGUUAAUUCAACUCCCUUGGGUUCCACAGGCCGUCUCCAUAGCGAGCAUGAUCUCAUAAUUCAAUAGAUUUUUUUUGAAAUUUAAAAUAAUACUUGGUGUGUGAUUGAUUGAUAUGUGUAAUAAUAAUAUCUAAUAUAUAUAGUUGUGUUCUCACAUGAUUCACUAGCUUCUCUAAUAAAAAUUGACACAUAAUUACAAUGAAAUUUUUAGCAAAAGGAUCUAAAUUGUAAAAUACAUGGACCGGAUCAUUAUUUGUUACAAUCUGAUAUUACAAGAACAAAAAUAGUCUCCAACUAAAGGUUAGAGAUUGAGUUCAUUGUUAAUUUUAUAAAUUAAGUUGGGAAAAGAAAG